AUGAGAGAUUUUUCACGGUCGCCAGACCUGGCAAAGUCUCUCAAUCUCUGGUCUACAACGAUAUUCGCACACACGAACUCGCCGGAUGAUGGUUACAACACCUCCACAGAGUCUCGCCAGAAUGGUACUGACAGCUCGAUGCGGCGAGAGUCAUCGGCGGCUGCGGCUGCUGCCGGCCGACGCCAUGAGUCGCCCGCCUCGACUGGAUUUGAGCAAUGGGUCAACAUCGAAGCGCUCGCGCCGCCUGAGUCCGGCACAGAUUCGCUUGCUCUUGACAACUUGCAAUGGCAGAUGCCUUCGUUCAUGCACGAAGACUCGCCCUCAUUGACAAACAUGACGGGUGCAAGCAGCACGAUGCAGCGCGUUCCGACGACACAAAAGGCGAUGCGCAGCAUGACUGUCCAGGAUGUCACAGAUGAGGCAUCGCUCCAACGGCUCUUGGAUGGCUUGAAAGCGGGGAAAGCCCCAGAGAUAGAGAUUGACACGCCCCACGCUGGGCCUCUUCAGAAUGGGCCAUCGUCAGCCUCGGCCUCGCUCAAACGAAGAUUGCCGCUCGAUGCGCCGCCACACACCUUGCCAGAUUCGUCACGAGGUGUGCGCAGUCGUCGCGACAGCGUCAGUACAAUAGGCGAUGAUCAGUCAAGUGUAGCGACGCCCGCUGAGCUCUCGAUCGAAGAGGCCAAUCGUCGUGCUUGCGAGGAAGAUAGGCGAAGGCGCAAUACCGCUGCAUCUGCUCGAUUCCGGGCAAAGAAGAAACAACGAGAGGCCGAGCGAGAGCGUACGGCGAAAGACAUGCGACAACAGAUUGCCGAGCUGGAGACCGAGCUCGUCAGGAUCAAAGGAGAGAACGAAGUCCUGCGGCAGCUCGUCGUCAGCAAGGGGAUAGCCACUCCGGCUAUCGCCACUGCAGACCUACCUAACGUACCUGGCAGCAAUACCGGGCCAUGA